AUGAGCAACGACAAGGUCAAAAAGGCUCAACUUACUGUUGAUAGUUUCUUCAAGAAUUCCAAAUUCAAUAGAUUGAAAGAUCAAGGAAGAGUUAUACCUGCUCCGAAACCUUCAAAGUCAAUUUUAUCAAGUUCAAAUGAUGAUGGUUUUGAUGAACCAGAAGAGACAUCAUUUGACACGAGUACAGAAGUUAUCAAUUUAAGAUCUUCUUUCUUAACCUCACAGACAACUACAACCACAUCUACAAAUACAAACUCAACACAAUCGAAGCGAAAAGUUGAAGAUAUUUUAGACUUCCAACCUAAACGUUUAAAGAAACAAUCUCCACCCCCACAAGUAGAAACCGAUGAAAAAGUUGAGUUAUCUCCAGAACAAGAAAAAGUCAUUGAUCUAGUGAUUAACAAGAAGAAGAAUGUAUUUUUCACAGGUAGUGCUGGUACAGGUAAGUCUGUUUUAUUGAAAGAAUUGGCAAAGAAGUUAAAAGAAAUCUACGGAGAAGCGUUUGGACUUACUGCUUCGACCGGGUUAGCUGCAUGUAAUAUCGGAGGGAUGACAUUACAUGGGUAUUUAUCAAUUGGAAUAGGAAAUCAAUCAGUUGAGGCUAUGGCCAAAAAGAUAAUUAAAAACACGAGAUCUGAUUAUAAAUGGAAUACUAUGAAAGUAUUGAUUAUUGAUGAAGUCUCAAUGAUCGAUGGCCUGUUACUAGACAAGAUUAACAUAAUUGCAAGGAUGGUAAGAAAAAACAACAAACCUUUUGGUGGAAUUCAAGUUGUCUUUUGUGGGGAUUUUUAUCAAUUACCACCUGUUGCAAAAGAUGGAAAAUAUAUGUUUGCAUUUGAAUCUAAAGCAUGGAAGGAGUUGUCAUUGUGCAACGUUGUCUUACUGCAAGUCUUCCGUCAAAAAGGAGAUUCUCUAUUAAUCAAGAUGUUGAAUGAAAUGAGAUUGGGUAAUGUGUCUGAUGAGUGCUAUGAAUUGUUUAAAAGUUUACAGAGACCGUUAAAGUUACCCGAAGGAAUUGCUGCUACAGAAUUAUUUGCUACUAGAAAUGAAGUUGAUGCUGCAAACAAAAGGAAACUUCAAUCAUUAGAUGGUGAAACACGUACAUUUGAAGCGGUGGAUACUUACUCGAUACCAUCGUAUGUCGCUGAACAAUUAUCCAACGGAUUUAUGGCUCCACAGAAGUUGGAAUUGAAAAUCGGAGCAAAUGUGAUGUGUAUCAAAAAUAUGGAAACAGAUAUAGUCAAUGGAUCUAUUGGGAAAGUGAUUGAUUUCAUGAGUAAAGGAGAUUACUUGACGCAAUUAGCUGAAACAGACUUACCAAUAAAUACAAAUACGAAAAAGUACCCAUUGGUACAAUUUAUGGUUGAAGGUAGUACACCGAAACAAAUCUUGGUCCAAGAGGAAGAAUGGCUGAUUGAAGAUGGGAAGGGAAAUCCAUUGAUAACAAGAGUGCAAUUACCAUUAAUGGUACUGUAUGCAUUGACUAUUCAUAAAUCACAAGGUCAGUCUAUACCAUAUGUUGUUGUUGAUUUUAGGAGGAUUUUUGAAUCUGGACAUGCUUAUGUUGCAUUGUCAAGAGCUAUUAAUAGAGACGGACUUCAAAUUGUUAGUUUCAAUCCAAGAAAGAUCAUAGCGAAUCCAAGAGUUUUAAAAUUUUAUAAGUCAAUAGGAAACUAG